UGGCAACAACCCAUUUGGAUAAGGAAAUUUCAUUGGAUAAGGAAAUGGAUGAUGUCUCUUUGUAUCAGCCAAGAAGCAACCGGGCACAAUCUGUUCUUCUUUCCACUUUUCUUCUUUUAAUUUUUUUUUGAUUGCCAGAUAAACACAAUAAACCUCCGAAAGUGUUUCAGACAGUUUUGAGCAGCAGCAGCAAACCAGAGUUGCAGAAAUGGCCUCAGUAACAAUGGCAGCCUCUUUCCUACCAAGCUCACCCUCCACCAUUGCUAAACUUCCUUCAACCACCGCCAACAGAGGCCUUGUCCUCAUCAAGGCUUCAAGUGAAAAAACCAGCUUGGAGUUAAAGAAUGAGGUCAAGGAAGAGAGCAGCAGAGGGAGGAGGGAUCUGGUGUUUGCCGGGGCAGCAGCUGCAGUAUGCUCCAUAGCCAAAGUUGCCAUGGCUGAUGAACCAAAACGAGGAACUCCUGAAGCCAAGAAGAAGUAUGCUCCUAUUUGUGUCACAAUGCCAACUGCUAAAAUCUGUCACAAGUGAGGUUAUGGUGUUUCUUUGUUUAAUAAUUUAUUGUUCUGAUCAUGAUCAUGAUCAUGUAAAAACAUCAACAUGAACCUGUACCUUCGUAUUGGAGAAUCCUCUUUCUUUCACGUCUUCUUGGCUCCCUAGGCUGUUCUCAUGUACAUUUAAAUCCAGAGUUUCUUGCUGGCAAAUGCAGGUAUAAGUAAUGGUUAAGCUUCGAAGUUUUAGCCAAAACGCCAAAUUGAUUAUGCAGUUCUUUAUGUGUGGCUGGAAUUGGCUUAUCCAGUUUUUCAUACCAGGAGAAGUGACUAACCCAUUACUUACAUUAUCAAAUUGCAAGUUCAGUCUUUCUAGUUCUGCUUGAAGCCUCUAUCUUGAUUUUGCAAGGUGGAAAGCUACCAGGAUCAUUUGGUAUCAUUGAGGGUGUUUGGUUUGGUUUGGUUUACUUUUGAGUCAAUCCAGCUUAUACAUCUAAUGAUUAGCAAGACAAUCAAUUAACACAAUUUCAAUGUGAGGCAA